UCUAAAAAUAAAUAACUACAAAAAUUUGCCCCGAAGUUCAGCAGACACACAAAUGUUCCAGACAAUUUUUUUUUUGCAGGAAAAAAAAGCAGACAGAAAGACUGAGUGAUACAGAGUCAGAAAUGACUGGAUAGAAAGAAAAGAGAGACAGACACAGAGAAAGGGGAGGGAUUGAGUGAGAAAGACAAACAGAACAAGAAGAACAGAAGGUAAAAAAUGGAAGGAGAAAGAUGGAAUGAAAGACAAAAAAUCCCCCCAAAUGAUAGAAGGAACAACAAAAAGAAAUUGAGGGAUAGAAAGACACAGAUAGAGGUAUGGAGUGACAGAUAGAGUAAAGGGGGAAGAAAGAGCGAGGUAGAGUAAGAAAGACAGAAUGAGAGAAAGCCAGCAAGCAAGCAAUAGAAGUGGGGAGAGAAGUUAGAGAGAGAAAGACGAAUAGAGGGAGAGGGAGGGACAAUAAGACAGAAAGAGGGAUAGAGAAGAAAAAAAAAGAGAGCUUGUUUUAUCAUGCAGUAAGGGGUUAAUAGGGGGCUGAAGGUCCAUCUCUUUCUCACACACACACACAAACACUGAGCUGUGAAAGCAGAAGAAGCAGGAGCAGUGACUCGAACGUCGCACCAGGAGACACAACAGAGAGCCUGAGACUGAGUCUGUUCAGUGUGUAGGACGCUGCAGAGACCCUCAUGAUGAACGAACAUGUCUGAGCACCCGGUGCCCACCUUGGCAUUCUCCACAGGGAAAUGUUCUUCAGGUUGAAGAACCAAUGAAAGUGUGGAGCUAAUGGAGCUCUCUACAGCAAUCGUGUUCUUCGGCGUGAUGAUGACGGCGAAGGCACUGAUCGACUCUGAUGACGUCAUUACUCGGGAUGAGCAGAUCUUCCUGCUGAUCCGUGCCCGUGCGAGAUGUGAAAGAAACAUCCGAACUCGGCAGACUGUGCUCAGAGAAGGUGACUGCAUGCCCGAGUGGGAUGGUAUCAUCUGCUGGCCGAGAGGGAAACGCAAUCAGCUUGUAGCAGUGCCUUGCCCCGAGUAUGUUUACGAUUUCGACCACAGAGGUCACGCGUUCCGUACCUGCGAUGCAUUUGGAAGCUGGGAGCAGGUUCCCACCAUCAACCGCACCUGGGCCGAUUACACAGAGUGUACGACCAAGCUCCAGUCUAACGAUGGCAGUCAGGAGGAGGAGGUGUUCAGGAGGCUUCAUGUGAUAUACACUACGGGUUACUCCAUCUCUCUGACCUCGUUACUGGUAGCUGUCUUCAUCCUCUGCUACUUCAAACGUUUGCACUGCACCCGUAACUACAUCCACACGCACCUGUUCACCUCCUUUAUAUGCCGAGCGCUCAGCAUCUUCGUGAAGGACGCUGUGCUCUACACCGAGGAAGACAACGAACCAGAUUACGGAGAAGGGGGAAGCCAGACACAGAUGGUGGGCUGUAAAGUCGCUGUGACCUUAUUCCACUACUUCCUGGCAACCAAUCACUACUGGAUCCUGGUGGAGGGCUUGUACCUGCACAGUCUAAUCUUCAUGGCUUUCCUGUCAGAUAAGAAUUACCUAUGGGCUCUUAUCAUCAUAGGCUGGGGUGUUCCAGCUGUGUUUGUCUCAAUUUGGGUCAGUGUUCGAGCCUCGCUGGCUGAUACUCAAUGUUGGGAUAUCAGCGCCGGGAAUGUGAAAUGGAUUUUUCAAGUUCCGAUCCUUGCAGCCAUCGCUGUCAACUUCUUUCUUUUCCUCAACAUCAUCAGGGUUUUGGCUUCGAAGCUGUGGGAGACGAACACAGGGAAACUGGACCCGAGGCAGCAGUACAGAAAGCUGCUGAAGUCGACUCUGGUGCUGAUGCCGCUCUUCGGGGUGCACUACAUGGUGUUUAUGGGUCUUCCUUAUACAGAGGUCACCGGGAUGCUCUGGCAGAUCCAGAUGCACUACGAGAUAUUUUUCAACUCGUUACAGGGCUUUUUCGUGGCCUUCAUCUACUGUUUCUGCAACGGAGAGGUGCAGGCGGAGGUAAAAAAGGCGUGGCUAAGGCGGAGCCUCGCUCUGGAUCUCAAGCAAAAGGCCCGUGUUGUCAGCAGCACUGGGGGCGGAAGCUGUUACUACGGCGGGAUGACGUCACACACCACCGCCCCUCAGAGCAUCUGCCUCAGCGCUCAGGGGCCGAUCCUGGGUCGGAACGUGGCCUUAGGUCUCAGAGGUCAAUCGCACUUUGCGAGCUUUCCCGGGUACACACCCGGCGAGACAGCCGAGAUCACGUUACCCACAAUUCAGCCGUCGGAGCUAAGAAGCGCAGACGUCGCGGGGACAGGGUAUGAAGCGUUGAGCGUUGAGAAAAACGCGGUACCUCAAGAAGAAGAGGAGGAGAAGUUAGACAAAGAGCCAUCGCUAUGCUUCGUAGUCGAGGAUCGUUCCGGUUCGGCGUCGCUCAAAGACCUGGAAACAAUUCUAUGAAGUUUCUGUGCCCCAAAACUGUUCUUUAUUAUGUAUUUUUGAGUAUUUUUUACUCAAACACUACUGACCAGCAUUUGUGUUUAGUUAUAGAUAUUUAUUUUUGACGAUAGUUACAACCUACUGCAUUGAAUCUAAGGCGCUAGAAUCAGGUUUUAACCGGUUCAGCUAUGCUAGGACAAGCUACUAGCAUUGAUAGGCUGAAAAGAUAAAUACUGUAAAUGAUGUGCUUUAAAACAUUUGUACUUAUUGUGUACUUUCAUGGCAAGGAAUCCCCGUUAAGUUCAUUUCAGUUCCGGGUUUGUAACUGCAGGUUCAUGGGGGCAAAUACUUUUGCACAAACCAUUGUAAAUAUAAUUCAUUUUUAACAUAAGUUAAACGAUGAGAAAAAACAUCUGCAUGAAGUCAGUGUUGUUUAACAUAGCGUUUAAAGCAUAAUGUGAAGAGUUAGCAGAAGGUUCUAGUAGGAGUAGCAUGUUGCUAAUUAGCCUGGCUUCAUUUUCUUUCUCAGUUUCCUGAAGCAACACACACUGAUCAUAUUCUUCUUCUUCUUCUUCUUAUUAUUAUUAUUAUCAUUGUUAUUGUUAUUGAUUGUCUAUUCAGUUCGAUUUGUUUUGUGGAACAUUGCUUUGUUUAUAUGAGUCUGACGUGUUUUUGUGUCGCUUGCUAUUAGCGUUAGAUGCUAACGAUUGGAUCUAGCUGAGGCUAGUUCUUUCUUCACAACUUUACUCCUUUCAGCUAUCCGGCUGUACAGUCAGGUGCAAAAGUUUGAUUAAUGGAUUUUCGGCAUUACGUUAUAUAAAUAUGACUUCUUAAUAUUAUUAUAGAAUUUCGUUGUAAAUUCAAUUUAAGUUUUAUUUGUAUAGCAAUUUUAGCCAUCGUCCUAAAGCAGCUUUACUGAGAUAUAUAGGUAUGGACUCACUGAGACAUUAAGAGGAAGAAACCUUGAGAGGAACCAGACUCAAAAUAGAACCCAACCUCAACCUCAACAAUGAAUGUCCAUGUGUUAUAGUUCCACGAUUGUUGAGGGGCCAUUCAGGCAGAACUUCAUAGAUUUUUAGGCCGUUUAUGUGGACCCAUCCUCAGCUGCACCUCCAAAUGAAAAUAAUUCCUUCCAGAGGUACUACCGGAUGGAUCAGGUGGAGCUAAAAAAAGAAGAAAGGAACAGGGCACAAAUUCAUUUGUUUAAAAAAAUGAAAAUGAUUCUGAUGUGAUUUUGUUGUUUUACAGUAUUAUAUUGUCUUUUAUUUUUU